GUAAGAGUUUCUACUUAUUAUCUGCCUUUAUACUUUAGUAUAUAGACAAAUAAAAUAUCACGGUAAAAAAACAUCCCCAUGCUUGACGCGGACUCACUUUCCUUCAUGAGUCGAUGAUCUGUUCCAAAUUGCUACCUAGAACUAACAUUCUGCAUUCCACUAUUCCUUACGCUCUUUGGAGCCGACGUGUGUGCUCCAAGCAUAGCCUGUUCAAAGCAGCUUCCAGUAGUUUCCAGACAGUAGACAUGCAGCAGGUAGUGGUGAAGUCAUUUCCGGCGGAGGAGAACCUCCAGAUAGAGCUGAUGGUUGGUGGGAAGCAGCGCUUCAUGGACAGGCCCAAGACAGAGCCCCUGGAACGGACUCUUGCUCGCAUUCAGAAGAAUGCUGCACCGGUGCCAGAUAAGAAGGCGAAACGGAGCCCCUCGCAGAGAAAAACACAAGCGGAAGUUAGCAGCAUUACAGUGGAGCUAUAUGAGGAUAUGCUGGAGGGCAGGCAAGUGGCAGGGAGCAUUCCUAAUGCUGAAGCCUGGCAGCCUGGUCGCAUCUUGCAAGUGGGAGAGACCACGUUCUCAAUCAUCUUGAAUCCUCCUGCAGCAGACAAGCUCCAGGUAUAUGGGAGGCCAAUGGUGGGCUACCCUCUCUGUCCGACAGUGCAGGUCAUGUUCUCUGAUGAGGGAGACUGCAGAUGGCAGUGGUAUCGGUCAGCAGAGAGGACAGCUGUCGCGGCUGCAUCAGUGAACAGAAGCAGAUCUCCAUCACCCCGAAGGAGGCAGCCUUUGCCGGACUCAGAAACAGAAGGCACUGAUGCAGCGUGGCAGCCACUUCCGUUUGCACAAGAGAGGGUGUACUCCCCUAUUGCUGAGGACGCUGGUCACAGGCUGCGCCUCCAGUGCACCCCCUGGAGGGGAAGUGGCAGCGCUCAUGGCGAGGCAGCCUCGGGAAAGCCAGUGACUGUGGAGACAGAUCCAGUGACGGCAGGGCCAGCAUUUACAGCCGCUGCGCAGCGCCAGGCGCACACCAGCACCCCCUUGGCGCCCCCUGGAGUCAGGGUAGUGACCUACAACAUCCUGGCCGACCAGUAUGCCUCCACAGACUACGCGCAGGAGCACCUGUUUGCCUACUGCCCCAGAGAGUACAUGGUACCGGAGUACAGGCGGCCGCUGAUCAUGCAGGAGAUCCUGGGCUACAAUGCAGACGUCAUCUGCCUGCAGGAGGUGGAUGGGAAGGCUUUCACCACCUUCUUCCAGCCCCUCAUGAGCCAUGCAGGUUUUGAGGGGCAGUACACAAACAAGGCUGGGGAGACUGCAGAGGGCUCUGCCAUGUUCUACCGACGGUCGCGCUUUGAGCUUGUGCAUAAAGUCGACAUCCCGAUGAAAAAUGUCUUCGCCUCGCUGCUGAUCGGUGAUGCCAGGAGCCUCUCGCUCCAUGCACAGUUCUUGCCACUGCUACAUGCCUCGCCCCACCUUGUGCAGGCGCUGCAAAGGGUGAGCACAGUUGCGCAGUUGUCAGUACUGGCGCCCAGGCAGCCAGCCCCAGCCGACGAGGGACCGCUGUGCGUGGUGAACACCCACCUGUUCUUCCAUCCCAAGGCUUCCCACAUCCGCACACUCCAUGCAGCCGCCAUGCUGGCAGAGGCACAUGCAGUCAUGCAGGAGGUUGGUCAGCAGCUGGGGCAGACGCCUGCACUGCUAUUCUGCGGCGACUUGAACUCAGACAAGAACGACGGCAUAUCAGGCGCUGUUGAGCUGCUGCAAAAGGGAAGCCUGCCGCCUGACCACUGGGACUGGGCUUGGGGCGCCGACUUCCGCUUUGUCAAGGACGGAAAUGCUGGCGAGGACACCGGCGAUCAUGCUUCAACCUCCGGCUCUAAGCCUGGCAACAGGCAGGCACCUCUCCUGACCAUGAAGAUGCCGUUCAGCCUGCGAAGUGCAGACGGCGGCCGUUAUGAGUACACAAACUACGUGAAGGGCUACAGCGGGCUGCUGGACUAUGUGUUUUUCCAGCCGGAGCGCAUGUGCGCGCGCGAGGCGCUGCCGCUGCCUGGCGCGGCCGAGCUGGCCGGCUGGUUACCCUCCCAGCGCUUCCCCUCGGACCACCUCUCCCUUGUCUUCGACCUGCAAUGGCUGCCCUCGGAGGACGCCCCUGCGACAGCAGCCGGGCCUACUGGAACAGCUGAGCAUGCAGAAAGCCGCAGCGCCAGCAGUGCACCAGCAGAGCUUGGAUCGGAGCAGCAGCGUAGAGGCCAACCUGCAGGGGCAGAUGCGGCGGGUGGUUCCAGCGAAAAUGGCAGUGCGUCAGCUUUUGCGUGGGCUGAUGGGAUGUUGGCGCGGGGGGAUGGAGCGGAGGCGGCGGCGCGGCCGAGAGGGUGUGUGAUGCCGGCGGACGAGAGCGGCGCGGCGGUGGCUGCCGAGGCGCUGAGAAGAGGAGAUGUGGUGGCUGUGCCCACUGACACGCUGUACGGCCUGGCAGCCUGCGCCAACAGCGAGCAGGGCGUCGGGAGGUUGUAUGCCAUCAAGCACAGGCAGGCGCAUGUGCCGCUGGCGAUCUGCGUGGCUGACGUGGCGGUGGUGGAGCAGUAUGGCAUGUGCGCGCACCUGCCGCAGGGCCUGCUGGAUGACCUGCUGCCCGGGCCGGUGACUGUGCUGCUGGCGCGGCGACCGGAUGCAGCGCUCUCUGCUGCUCUGAAUCCCGGUGUACAGACGAUUGGAAUACGGGUACCGGACAGUGCAUUCAUGCUGGAGGCCUGCAGGCAGCAUGGGAGAGCGGUUGCCCUUACAUCAGCCAACAUUAGCGGUGCAAUCAGUCCCACCUCCAUCCAUGACUUUGAGCAGCUGUGGCCGCAGUGUGCAGCCGUCUUUGAUGCAGGCAUUGUGGGCGCAGACAGAGCGGGGUCUACAGUGGUUGAUCUAUCUCUCGAGGGAAGCUUCAGGAUUUUGAGGGAGGGGUCUCAUCCUUCCCAUGUUCGUCAAGUACUCACGGAGAAGUAUGGUAUUGCCGAACAGUAA